AUGAGCUUGUUAGCGCUGUGGAUUAAAACCCAUGCGGGUGAAGACGGAAAAUUUCUUCCUGACACAGUCACUCAAGAUUUUGUUGUAUGGUUUUGUGACAGAUUUCUGGUAUCAUUUUGUGUAGAUUUUGUGGAUGAUGUUAAAGCUAAGGUUGAAGAGUUGAGGAUGGUGCACCCUAAGAUGUCUGAACAAGAGCUCGAAGAUGAAGCAUUUCAGCAAACUAUGUAUGGCAAUGAGAUUCUCGAUCGUCCGGUAGGUUACGGACUAGGGGUUAAAAAGGGGGACAUUUUCGGAGUACGUGGUGUGUUAAGGAAGGAAGGCUAUGGAAAAGUUCAAAAGAGGACUAUUGUGAUGGAUAGUGUUAAAGAAGAAGUGAAUGCUUUGCACAAAAAAAAUGAUAUACUAUCUCAAGAAAAUGAAAAGCUGAAAGACGAGGUCGGACACAACAAUCUUCUUCUUAAAGCGCUUGUUGGAAAAUUUUCUCAGAUUGUAGGUGCAGUUCUUCAAGGGAAUGCAUCUCCGGGUCUUCUAAACAAAGCAUCUGAAUUCUUAGGAAAGGCAAAACAUCAGAUUGGAAAAGGCAAUGUAGGUGCAACAAAAGAAUAGGCCGGGACACUUGAGCAUCAACAAGCGACUAUAUCGAUCAAUGUGGCCAUCAUCUAUCUAUUUUGGUUUUUAGUCUUAUAUUAGUGAUGUAUUUAUUUAGGGACAAGCUACAUACUAUAAUAUGCGACCUUUUUUUUUUUUUUUUUUUUUAAUGGUUGUACUGUGUUGAUGUUUUCUUUUCUAAAUUUGGUAAUUAACUACG